UUAGUUUCACCAUUCUCAUCCAAUACUAGGGUUUGCUUAAUUUCUUUUUAUGAAAAUUAUGAGUGCUAAGGCUUUCCUUCUCCUUGCUCUUGUAGCGGCUGUUGUUCUUCUGGUCUCUUCAGAAGUGGCAGCUAAAGACCUUGCUGAAACUUCCGCUGAAAAGAAGAAUGGUGAGGUGGCUACAAAAACAGCUGGGCUAGAUGAUGCCAAGCAUGGCGGAUAUGAAGGUCGUGGCAGCAACGGAGGACAUGGAGGGCGAGGUGGCCACGGAGGACAUGGAGGGCGAGGUGGCCACGGUGGAUAUGGUGGACGUAGAGGGUCUGGGGGACGCUGCUCCUUCGGUUGCUGUCGAUCUGAUCAUUAUGGAAGAGGUUGCCAAAGGUGCUGCUCCUAUCUGGGUGAGGCGAUGGAUGCUGAAACUCAAGCCGAUCCUCACAACUAAAAUACUAGCAUUUUUACAUGCAUAUGUGUGAUGUGAUGUACUAAAUUUGUAGCACUAGAAAUAGUACGUCGCAAUGUCCUAAGAAAAUAUGCUUCCUUAGAAGUAUGAAUUAUAAAUGAAUAAAAUCUUGAGUUCCAAAAA